AUGCUUGCUGGAGGGAUUGGUGGAACGACCGGUGACAUCCUUAUGCAUUCCCUAGACACGGUCAAGACACGACAGCAAGGAGAUCCUCACGUUCCGCCCAAGUAUACCAGCCUAAUGGACUCUUAUGUGAAGAUCUUCCGCCAAGAGGGGAUUAGACGGGGACUCUAUGGAGGCUUUACUGCGGCCAUGCUGGGAUCAUUUCCCGGGACUGUCAUCUUCUUUGGAUCAUAUGAAUACUCCAAGCGACACAUGCUCGAUCGAGGAAUCAACCCUUCCUUGGCAUACCUUGCAAGCGGUUUCGUUGCCGAUUUCACAGCAUCCUUCGUGUACGUGCCCUCCGAGGUCCUCAAGACCCGCCUGCAGUUACAAGGUCGAUACAACAAUCCCUUCUUCAACUCGGGUUACAACUAUCGGUCAACGUGGGAUGCCGCCCGGACCAUAGUCCGCACGGAAGGCUUCGGCGCUCUCUACUCUGGAUAUAAAGCCACCAUCGUCCGAGACUUGCCAUUUUCUGCGCUACAGUUCGCCUUCUAUGAACAAGAGAGGAAGUUCGCCCAGAAAUGGCGCGGUACUCAAGACAUCGGCUUUGGGUUGGAAGUAUUCACGGCCGUGUCCGCGGGUGGUCUCGCUGGAGUCAUGACUUGCCCAUUGGAUGUUGUCAAGACGAGGACACAGACUCAGAUCACUCCUAGUAUGUCGGCGAAACAGAAUCAAGCGUCACACUCGGAUCCGGCUGCAAGAAGCCACCAUCCUUCGGCGCAGACCCAUUCGCGGUUGAUACAUUCAGGGCCCCGAACUGUGCUACCCUCUACCCCGACUCUUGACACCUCCUCCGUCUUGACAGCAUUGAAGCUCAUUUACAAGACCGAGGGUGUUGCCGGCAUGUUCCGCGGAGUGGGCCCUCGUUUUGUAUGGACAAGCGUUCAAAGCGGCACGAUGCUUGUGCUGUACCAAUAUCUGCUGAAGCAGAUGGAAAGACUUGAGGCAGACGAAGGAUCGACUGUGUUUUGA